GCUUCUACGUGCCCAAGUCAUCAGCAAAUCGUCGUCGGGAACGAAAAGUCGGAAAAAAUCGUACAAAAUCUUUAUUUUCGCACCGUAAAACCCUCGGAAUCGGUCCGCAAUAGGGUGUCUCCGGUAGCGGACAAUCCGGUGCGCGGUUUCACGGCCACGUUCGGUCCCGGACGCGUCGCAAAGUGUUCGAAUUUGUGACUUUUCCUUAUCGAAGAAAUUGCAGUGAGAAUCUUUUUUUUUUCGUUUCGUCCCCACGACGUCUCCACUUGUCCUCCGCCCCGCCGCGGGGUACCGUGUCACACGGUGAACACCUGGGUGGUCCUCGAAGGGGAGCUGGGGGAGGAGACCUUUUAAGUGUGUUUUUGUUCUUUGAAAAAGUUUUGUGAAAUGGCCCUCGGUUGGACUGCGAGGGUUGGAGGUUUUCGCAGUGAUAACAUCCGGCGGGGACCGCGGGCCUAGGCCCUUGGGCCAAAUCCAAAAGAGACACUGAUAACAGCGAGUAGUCACCGUAAAGUAUGCCAACAUUAGCCACGAGCGGAACGCCGACGACGACCAGCAGCAGCAGCAGCACGACUCCGGUGGCCACCCCGACCACCCCCUCCUCCUCGAGCGGCGGAACCAGCAACAGCAAAACGAAGGAAAUGUUUAUCGUGCGGGCGCUGGAGAAGAUCCUCGGCGAUAAGGACAUCAAGCGGUCCCAUCACUCGCAGCUGAAGCGGGCCUGCGAUGCGGCACUUGAGGACAUCCGGGAGGAGCUGAAGGAGGCCGGCCAGGUGGAGCACAAUGGCGAGGUGCCGGUUCCGUCGGCGGCCCUGCCGCUGCCCAAGAACGACUCGGCCAACAUUGUCAACGCGGAGAAGUACUUUUUGCCGUUCGAGUUGGCGUGCCAAAGCAAGACGCCGCGGAUCGUCGUGACGGCGCUCGACUGCCUGCAAAAGCUGAUCGCGUACGGCCAUCUGACGGGGAACAUUCCGGACUCGGCGAACCCGGGCAAGUUCCUGAUCGAUCGGAUCGUGACGACGAUCUGCAACUGUUUCAUGGGCCCGCAAACGGACGAGGGCGUGCAGUUGCAGAUCAUCAAGGCGUUGCUGACGGUGGUCACGUCGCAGCAUGUCGAGGUGCACGAGGGCACGGUGCUGCAGGGCGUGCGGACCUGCUACGACAUCUAUCUGUCCAGCAAGAACUUGAUCAACCAGACGACGGCACGGGCGACGUUGACGCAGAUGUUGAACGUGAUCUUCACCCGGAUGGAGAAUCAAGCGUAUGAGAGGUCAAACGCAGCAACGACGACGGCGGUAGUUCCGGUGACUCCCCCGGCGGAGGAAAAGCACCCCGACUACGACAUGGUGCGUGGAAUCGUCGACGAGAUCGUGGACAAUGUGAUAGCGGCUGCGGCGUCGGCCGUGGACGAGCUGAGCACGAAGAGUACCGGGGAGUCCGGGGACGCCGAAACGGGCAGCAUCGGUGGGGUGUCCAACGGUGGCACGGACAGUACCUCGAUCGCGCGGGUACCCUCCCAGGAGAGCAUGGAAGUGACGAGCGAAAACGACAGCAUCGUGACGGCUAAGUUUACCCACAUCUUGCAAAAGGACGCCUUCCUGGUGUUCCGUGCGCUGUGCAAACUCUCCAUGAAACCUCUCCAAGGGCAUCCGGAUCCAAAGUCGCACGAGUUGCGAUCGAAGAUCCUCUCGCUUCAUCUGCUACUGUCGAUUCUCCAGAAUGCCGGCCCCGUCUUUCGCUCGAACGAAAUGUUCAUCAUGGCCAUCAAGCAGUACCUGUGCGUGGCGCUGUCCAAAAACGGCGGAAGUUCCGUCCCGGAGGUGUUCGAGCUGUCCCUUUCGAUCUUCGUGGCCCUGCUGUCCAACUUUAAAAUGCACCUCAAGAAGCAGAUCGAGGUGUUCUUCAAGGAGAUCUUCCUGAACAUUCUGGAGGCGCCCAGUUCCUCGUUUGAGCACAAGUGGAUGGUGAUUCAGGCGCUGACCCGGAUCUGUGCGGACGCACAGAGCGUGGUGGACAUUUACGUAAACUACGAUUGUGACUUUUCGGCGGCGAAUCUUUUUGAGCGACUCGUCAACGAUCUGAGUAAGAUUGCUCAGGGUCGGCAGGCGCUCGAGCUGGGCACGUCGGUGAAUCAGGAAAAGUCGAUGCGAAUCCGCGGGCUGGAGUGUCUGGUGUCGAUCCUGAAGUGCAUGGUCGAGUGGAGCAAGGAUUUGUACGCGAAUCCAAACUCGCAAACCAGUUUGGGCGAUCCACCGGCCGUUGCGACGAAUCCAAAAUCUCCGGACGAAGUGCACGAGCCGUUGAAGAGUCACGGUGGGUCGACGAUCAGCAUGAACUCGGUCGGUAGUACGAAUACGUCCGGUGGGAAUCGGGAAGUGUUGGAUCUUCCGGAGGAGCUUGAGGAACGCAAGCAGCGCAAGGAGGUGAUGGAAACGGGGAUUGACAUGUUCAACCGCAAACCGAAGAAGGGAAUGCAGUUUCUGCAGGAGCGUGGCAUGUUGGGGACGAGCUGCGAGGACGUGGCCAAGUGGCUGCACGAGGACGAACGGCUGGACAAGACCCAGGUCGGGGACUACCUGGGGGAUAACGACGAACAAAGCAAGGCUGUGAUGUGCGCCUAUAUCGAUGCUAUGAACUUUGCCGAGCUGGACAUUGUGGCCGCGUUGCGGUACUUUUUGGAAGGGUUCCGUCUGCCCGGCGAGGCGCAGAAGAUCGAUCGGUUGAUGGAGAAGUUUGCGAGCAGAUAUUGCGACUGCAACCCGAACAACACCCUAUUCGCAUCCGCCGACACCGUCUACGUGUUGGCCUUUUCGGUGAUUAUGCUGACGACGGAUCUGCACUCGCCCCAGGUCAAGCACAAGAUGACCAAGGAACAGUACAUCAAGAUGAACCGCGGCAUCAGCGACAACAAGGACCUGCCGGAGGAAUAUUUGUCGCAGAUUUACGACGAAAUUGCCGGGCAUGAGAUUAAGAUGAAGAACACGGUCGCGAGCAAACCGCAAGGCAAGCAGAUCAUCGUGAACGAAAAGAAGCGCAAACUGUUGUGGAACGUCGAGAUGGAGGCGCUGUCCACGACGGCCAAGAACCUGAUGGAGUCGGUGUCGCACGUGAAGGCGUCCUUUACCUCCGCCAAACACCUCGAGCAUGUCCGGCCAAUGUUCAAAAUGGCCUGGACCAGCUUCCUGGCGACGUUCUCCGUCGGUCUGCAAGACUGUGACGAUCCGGAAAUCGCCAGUCUCUGCCUGGACGGAAUCCGCUGCGCCGUCCGGAUCGCGUGCAUCUUCCACAUGACGCUGGAACGGGACGCUUACGUCCAGGCGCUGGCUCGCUUCACCCUCCUUACCGCCAACUCACCGAUCAACGAGAUGAAGGCCAAAAACAUUGACACCAUCAAAACCCUUAUCAUGGUGGCGCACACCGACGGAAACUAUCUCGGCUCCAGCUGGUUGGACAUUGUCAAGUGCAUCUCGCACCUCGAACUCGCCCAGCGCAUCGGUACCGGCGUCCGGCCAGAAUUCCUCUCCGGCCCAGCGUCCCACCGUGACGCGUUGGAUCCAGCCAAGGAACACAUCGGAGAAACCAGCUCGCAGAGCAUCGUCGUAGCAGUCGAUCGGAUCUUCACCGGAUCAAUUCGCCUCGAUGGGGACGCCAUCGUGGACUUUGUUAAAGCACUGUGCCAAGUUUCGCUGGACGAACUGACGCGACCUCAGCCGCGAAUGUUCCUGCAGAAGAUUGUCGAAAUUUCCUACUACAACAUGGGCCGCAUCCGGUUGCAGUGGUCCCGAAUCUGGCAGAUCUUGGGCGAGCACUUCAACGCGGUCGGUUGCAACACCAACGAGGAAAUUGCCUUCUUUGCGCUUGACAGCUUGAGGCAACUUUCGAUGAAAUUCAUCGAAAAAGGCGAGUUCACCAACUUCCGCUCAAAGGAUUUCCUGCGUCCGUUCGAGCACAUCAUGAAAAAGAACUGCUCGCCGGCAAUCCGGGACAUGGUCUGUCGGUGCGUGGCCCAGAUGGUCAACUCGCAAGCCCACAACAUCAAAUCCGGCUGGAAGAACAUCUUCUCGGUGUUCCAUCUGGCUGCCGGCGACACAGACGAAGCGAUCGUCGAGUUGGCCUUCCAGACGACGGGGAAGAUCAUCACCGAUUUGUACCAGUCGCAGUUCCACAUCAUGAUCGAUUCAUUCCAGGACGCGGUCAAGUGUCUGUCGGAGUUUGCCUGCAACGCCAAGUUCCCCGACACGAGCAUGGAAGCGAUCCGCCUCGUACGGACGUGCGCUCUUUGCGUCAACGACGCCCCAAAUCUGUUUGCCGAACACGCCGGCAUGGAAAACGAUGUGUCCGUUUCGGAGGAGGAUCGCGUUUGGGUUCGGGGCUGGUUCCCGAUGCUGUUCUCGCUGUCCUGCGUUGUGAACCGCUGCAAGCUGGAUGUGCGUACCCGCGGACUCACGGUCCUCUUCGAAAUCGUCAAAACACACGGCGAUGCGUACAAACCCAACUGGUGGCGUGACCUGUUCAACAUUCUGUUCCGAAUCUUUGACAACAUGAAACUCCCCGAACACCACACCGAAAAAGCGGAAUGGAUGACGACGACGUGCAACCACGCGCUGUACGCGAUCAUCGACGUCUUCACCCAAUACUUUGACAUCCUCGGACCGAUGCUGCUCAAAGAUCUGUACUGUCAACUGCACUGGUGCGUGCAGCAAAACAACGAGCAGCUCGCCCGAUCCGGCACCAACUGCUUGGAGAACCUGGUCAUCUCGAACGGACUCAAGUUCAACGAAGACACCUGGGACAAGACCUGCCAGUGCAUGCUGGACAUCUUCAACAGCACGUUACCGGAAGAACUGCUCUACUGGAAGCCCGACCCGAACCCCCAAAGCAUGACCCACAGCGCGAGCUACCCGCAAAACGGAGAUCUACCCCGGCACGGCAUCCUAAAGCGAUCCCCGUCCCAGCACUCCGUCUUCAACCAACUGGACGACCCAACCCUCAAACCCCCCGAACUCAACCAAACGGCCACCCUCUUCUCGAACCUCCUUAUCAAGUGCGUCGUCCAGCUCGAGUUGAUCCAAACCAUCGACAACAUCAUCUUCUUCCCCGCCACAUCCCGCAAAGAAGACGCCGAAACCCUGGCCCAAGCCGCCGCCGAACUCUCCCACAACACCUCCACCGGCUCAACCAACAGCUCCAACCCCCCGUCCUCCGUCCUGAACCACUCGCUCUCCACCGAAGAGUGUCAACGCGAAGAGCAGGGCAUGUACAGCUACCUGAACACGCCCCACCUCCUGCAACUCAUCGACUGUCUGCUGCAAAGUCAUCGCUUUGCGAAAAAGUUCAACUCGAACCACGACCAGCGCAACGUCCUGUGGAAGGCCGGCUUCAAGGGUUCGCUCAAGCCGAACCUGCUGAAGCAGGAAACGCAAUCCCUUGCGUGUGUGCUGCGCAUCCUGUUCAAGAUGUACAGCGACGAGAGCCGGCGUCGCGACUGGCAGGACAUCGAGAAGCGGCUGAUUGCCGUCUGUACCGAGGCGUUGGACUACUUCCUGUCGCUGCAGAGUGAACCGCACCGGGACGCGUGGACGUCGCUGCUGCUGCUAGUGAUGACGCGGCUGCUCAAGAUGCCGGACUCGAGGUUCGCGGCCCACAUCGCCAGCUACUACAUCCUGAUGUGCGACCUGAUGUGCUUCGACCUGAAGCCGGAGCUGCGAACGGUGCUGCGGCGCGUCUUUCUCCGGAUCAGCCCCGUCUUUGGGAUCGCCAACAGUGCCACCUAGUAUCAGCGGAAGGCGGCGGCGGUGGCGGCUAGUGGCUUUACCCACCAUCCCCACCACCACCACCACCAGCAGAACUCGACGACGAUUCCCCCCAUCCACCAGUUUAGCAGCAAUACAUCUUCAAACAGUGAUCGGCGCGGGUGGAAUAAAAAUCCAAGGUUGUAGUUAUUUUUUGUCUAGAUGUUAUAUAUAUUUUUUUUCUGUUGGUGUCUCCGAGAGUUUUUUUUUACUGUCUAAAUUAUUUCAUUGAUCCCGUAAGGAGGAUAGAGCUAAACAAAACAUAGAUUCCUACCAUUUAAACGUAGAAGUAGAACCGCUAUCAGAGAGGAGAAAUAAACUAAAACUAAACAUUCGAAAUUUCUAACAAAACAAUUAGGUUAGCAUAAAUGUUUAUAAUCUACUUUAGAACAAAAACAGACUGCGUUUUCUGUUGUUAAUUUUUGGUAAACAAUUUCAAACCAAUUUCAAAAACCCUGACGCGCUGCAAUGAUUUUAUAAAAAUCCCCCUUUGUAAAUAUCCAAACAAAAAAGUAAAAGAAUUUAGCAAAAAAAAUUACCCCAAAACUGCAAAUGAUAAAAACCGCUAAAAGUGCAACUGUUUAGCUGCGUUGUUUGUUUUGUCAGAUUGUGAGAAAUAAUUUUUUGGAGAAACUUUUGUAACCGUCAGCAAAAUGUGUCAUGCUUUCUUUUUAAGUUCAACCCAUCUUUGCUACUAACGCUACGAAUGAUUUCCGCAACCGAAGGCAACCUACUAACGCUAAGAAUCUUACUAAAAAAAUAAUAAUCAAAAAACCAACCACUCUGCAGUAGUCCAAGUCAUUCACAAACACUCUUUCACGUGUGCGCAAUAGAUUCAACUUGAAAAGUCGGGAAAUCAUGCGAUUAUUAUUAUCCUUAUUAUAUUAUCAUUAUUAUUGUCAUUAUUGUACUGUGAAGCCGCCGUAUAUUUAUAGUCAGGAUGUGUUACUGAUAGAGGAAGAAGAAACAAAAGCAAAACGGAAAACAAAAACACAGCAAAACUAAACAAACAAAUAUCGUACGUAUGAGAAACUGCACUGCUUAGAGAGUUUAUCAUCAGCGUAGCCUGUAAGUUAUUCUUUUGUUUGUUUUUGUGAGCCUGCAAAAAAGACACAAUGAGUAAAGCCGAGUGGAACGAGAAGAACGAAAAGAAGAAGACGACGAAGUUUGUGUGUGGGGCAAAUUUAACGAGUUUCUAUAAAAAUGCAAACUUUCUGUUGUAAAACUCACGAUGAUUACUAUAUACAGUAUAUUAUACAUUUACAUGCAUAUUAGAUACCAUGGAAUAAAAUGCUAGUAAAA